UGCGGCGGCCGCGGUGGGGAGCGGAGCGAGAGAGGAGAGCAGAGCGGGGCAGAGCUCAGCGCGAGCGGAGGGAAAGUGCGGGAAAAAAGAGCGAUAUUCUGAGAUUUUAUGGAUUUAUGUGCUCACAGAGGACAGCGUGAGACCUUAAAGAGCUUUAGGACUGUUUAAUAAAAUAGAUAAACACGUUUAUUUGAAGAUUUAGAGAGAGGAGGAGUUGAGGGAAGCUCGGAAACGCAGCACGCAGGUCCGCCGUGCGCUCGCGACUCGGACUCUACUAUAUGUGGAUUUUACAGAAAAUAUGGGUGAAAUUCCCACUUUUUCCUCGGGAAUAGUGCUUUUCCUCGCUCUCUGCUGGAUCCAGCUCUCAUGCGCUCUGCAGUGUCUGAACUCCGUAACGCCUUGCCUGCACAAUGCCAGCUGUGUCACCUACCCCAACGGAACCGGAUACUGCAGGUGUGCUCCUGGUUACCUGGGGGAGUACUGCCACCUGUGUGGUCCAGAGUACUGCCUGAACAGAGGGAACUGCACGGUGAACAGGGUGGGGAAGUCGGAGAGUCCGAGCUGUGUGUGUCCUCUGGGCUUUAACGGGCCGCGCUGUGAAACCCAGAUCAACUCCACCUGCUACCCCAACAACCCCUGCAGCAACGGAGGAACCUGCGCCCUGCUGCCCAAUGACAAAUACACCUGCCACUGCACAGCGGGGUGGACAGGUAUGAAGUGCGACCGCGAGGACAGUUGUGUGUCUUCUCCUUGUGCUAAUGGUGGCAUCUGCACGGCUCUACCUGCUGGGAAGUUCUCCUGCACCUGUCCUCCAGGGUACCAGGGAGACCGCUGCCUUAACGACACGGAUGAGUGCGCGGUGACGCCGGCGGUGUGCCAGAAUGGCGGGCAGUGUGUGAACGUGCCGGGGUCCUACCAGUGCAGCUGUGCGCCGGGGUUUACUGGCCGAAACUGCGAGAGUCCGUACGUUCCCUGCUCUCCGUCCCCCUGCCUGAACGGAGGAACCUGCAGACAGACCUCAGACACCACCUACUGGUGCCACUGCCUACCAGGUUUUACUGGCGACAACUGUGAGGUGAAUAUUGACGACUGUCCGGAUCAUAAGUGUCAGAAUGGAGCGACCUGCAUGGACGGAGUUAACACCUAUAACUGCCAGUGUCCUCCUGAGUGGACAGGUCAGUUUUGCACGGACGACGUGGACGAGUGUCGGCUGCAACCCAAUGCGUGUCAGAAUGGCGGCACCUGCAGCAACAUGCACGGCGGCUACACCUGCGUGUGUGUGAACGGCUGGAGCGGGCUGGACUGCUCUGAGAACAUUGACGACUGCGCCGUCAUGCCCUGCACAGCGGGGUCAACCUGUCUGGAUCGUGUGGCAUCCUUCUUCUGCAGCUGCCCAUUCGGCAAGACCGGUUUGCUGUGUCACAUUGAUGAUGCGUGCAUCAGUAACCCGUGCAAGGCGGGAUCACAGUGUGACACCAACCCGGUCAACGGCAAAUUCAACUGUAACUGUCCCUCCGGCUACAAGGGCACCACCUGCAACGAUGACAUCAACGAGUGCACCAUCGGGCCCAACCCGUGUGAACAUGGCGGCACCUGUGUGAACACUGAGGGCUCGUUUACCUGCCAGUGUGCGCGUGGAUACAGCGGCCCGCGCUGCGAGCAGGACGUGAACGAGUGCGGCUCCAAUCCCUGCCAAAACGAUGCCACCUGCUUGGACCAGAUCGGAGAUUACACCUGCAUCUGCAUGCCAGGUUUUGAAGGAUCCCACUGUGAGAUCGAUGUGGAUGAGUGUGCCAGUUCACCCUGCCUCAACGGUGGCACCUGUCUGAACCAGGUCAGCCGCUUCAUCUGUGACUGCCCUAAAGGCUUCAGUGGAGAGAUGUGUCAGGUGGAUAUAGAUGAGUGUGCCAGCACCCCCUGUCAGAACGGAGCCUACUGCAUCGACCGGCCCAACGGCUACGAGUGCUACUGUUCAGAAGGAUAUUCCGGUCCUCUGUGUAAUGAGAACAUCAACGACUGUGACCCCGAACCCUGCCACCACGGUACGUGUGUGGACGGCAUUGCCACGUACACCUGCGAGUGUGAGCCGGGCUUCAUGGGUCCUAAAUGCAGCGAGCUGAUUAACGAGUGCCACAGUAACCCCUGCCAGAACGGAGGCCGGUGCAUCAACCUUGUUAAUAAGUACUUCUGCAACUGCCUGCCUGGGACCUCUGGUGUGAACUGUGAGAAAAACCACGACGAGUGCGCCAGUAACCCCUGCCAGCACGGCACAUGCGUGGACGGCAUCAACAAGUACAAGUGUGUGUGUGAGCCUGGGUACACAGGUGAGCGCUGUAGUGUGGAGAUAAAUGAGUGUGAGUCUAACCCGUGUCUGAGCGGUGGGACGUGCGAGGAUAAGCUGAAUGGGUUUCAGUGCCACUGUCCUGCGGGCACUCACGGGCUGCUGUGCCACUCUGGCUUGGACCACUGUGCCCCUCGCCCGUGCAAACAUGGAACGUGUGUGGAGGAGCAGGGCGGGUACCGUUGCGAGUGUGUAGCUGGGUAUGAGGGUAAGAACUGCGAGCUGCAGAAGAACGAGUGCGAGUCCAACCCCUGCAAGCACCAGGGAAUCUGCGUGGACGGGCUGAACAGCUUCACCUGCAGAUGCAGACAUGGAUUUGUUGGUCUGACUUGUGAAAUAAAUGUAGACGAGUGUGCGUCAAAUCCCUGUUUUAAUCAAGGCACCUGUGUUGACGGUAUCGACGGUUUCACCUGCCAGUGCACUUUGCCCUACACAGGGAGAUACUGUGAGGAAGAGUUGGUGCCAUGUGCAUCUCAGCCGUGUCGCAGAGGAGGUGUUUGCCAGCCAUCACUCGACUACACCUCCUACACCUGCAGGUGCCCCAGUGGAUGGCAGGGAGCCCAGUGUACAGUGGAUGUGGAUGAAUGCCGGAAGAGUCCGUGUCAGAACGGAGCUCAGUGUGUGAACACUCAGGGCAGCUAUGUGUGCAAGUGCCUGGCUGGUUACAGUGGUGUGAACUGCCAAACCAACAUUGACGACUGCAGCUCAAACCCCUGUAUAAAUGGGGGGUCGUGUGUGGAUAAGGUGGGCCGGUUCUCGUGCGAGUGCAGGCCAGGCUUCUCCGGCGAGAGAUGUGAGGAGGAGGUGAACGAGUGUGAGAGCUCCCCCUGCAGGCACGGAGGAACCUGCACAGAUUACGUGAACAGCUACACCUGCCAGUGUCCGCCAGGCUUCAACGGCAUCAACUGCGAGCGCAAUAUUCCUGAAUGUACCGAGACCUCCUGUCUGAAUAAUGGGACGUGUGUGGAUGGUAUAAACCGCUUUUCUUGCCGUUGCCGGCCCGGUUUCACCGGUUCUUUCUGCCAGUUUGAGAUUAAUGAGUGUGAAUCACAGCCAUGCAAAAAUGGAGGCACCUGCACAGAUGCUCUGCGGACCUACUCCUGUACCUGCCCUAUGGAGUAUUCUGGCAAUAACUGCGAGUUUCUGGCGAAUCUCUGCCUGAACAUCCAGUGCAAGAACGGUGGGGAGUGUGUCCAACAGGAGACCAGGUGGAGCUGCAGGUGUCCGUCUGGCUGGAGCGGUCUCUACUGUGAUAUCCCUAAUGUCUCCUGCCAGACUGUAGCACAAAAUAAAGGUGUGCCGGUGGACAGGGUGUGUCAGAAUGGUGGACGCUGUGAGAACACAAGGGACUCACACAACUGCCACUGCCAGGUGGGCUGGGAGGGCAGCUACUGCGAGAAUGAGAUCAAUGAGUGUUUGUCGAGUCCUUGCCGAAACGGAGGAAUCUGCAGGGACUUCCAGGGGAGUUACGACUGCCAGUGUAAGGCAGGUUAUCAGGGCAGGAACUGUGAGUAUGAUGUUAACGAGUGCCAAUCUAAUCCCUGCCGUCAUGGAGGCACCUGCAUCAACCUGGUUAACCGCUUCUCCUGCUCCUGCCCUCCUGGCACCAAAGGCCCGCAGUGUGAGGUGAAUAUAGACGAGUGUUCGCUGGAGUUCCCCCCGCGCUGUCUGAAUGGGGGGCGCUGUGUGGACGGUGUCGGACGAUACACCUGUGUCUGUCCACACGGAUUCACCGGGGAUCACUGUGAGGGAGACAUUAACGAGUGUCUCUCUGCACCCUGCAAUGCUCAAGGCAGCGUAGACUGUGUGCAGAUGGCCAACGACUACAAGUGCCGCUGUCGCCUUGGUUACACAGGUCGUCAGUGUGAGUCGAUGGUGGAUUUGUGUCAGUCAAAGCCUUGCCAUAAUGGAGGCAAAUGCUUCAUGAACAUGAGUUCCGUCCACGGAUACAGCUGCACGUGUGCUCACGGCUACACUGGCUUCAACUGCGGCGACAUCGAGGCCUACACCUGCGCUAACCUGCGCUGUCAGAACGGCGGGCGAUGCCAGGAGGUGGUGCCCGGGCACCUGCAGUGCCAGUGCCCAACUGGGUUUUUGGGCACACGCUGUGAAAUCCUUCCCACCCCGGCCUGCCAGUGCCAGAACGGAGGCAUGUGCUACGAAGACAUCGACAAGCAUCUGGCCUGCCACUGUCCUUCAGGCUUCAGAGGAGAACACUGCCAGAUCUCCACCAGACUGACCCCGCCCACUUCCUCCUGCCCAUACGUGGAGUGUAAGAACCGUACGGGCGACGCGGUGUGCGAUCCUCAGUGUAAGAACCAGGAGUGCGAGUGGGACGGGGGCGACUGCACGCUGCAGUGGCGCCGGCCGUGGGAAAACUGCACCGCCUCGGUUCCCUGCUGGGAUCGCUUCCAUAACGGCCUCUGCGACCCCGAAUGCGACAACGCGGAAUGUCUUUUCGACAGCUUCGAGUGCCAGACAGUGUCUCCAUCCGUUCCCAGAGUCUGCAAAUAUGAUCAGUACUGUUUGGAUCAUUAUCAGAACGGUCACUGUAACCAGGGCUGUAACACGGAGGAGUGUGGCUGGGACGGUCUGGACUGUUCCGUAGACACGCCGCAGCAGUUAGCCAACGGAACGUUGAUCAUCGUGGUGCUGCUGCAGCCCAAAGAGCUGCUGGGGGAUCUGAAGGGCUUCCUGCGCUCACUGGGCACGCUCCUCCGCACCAACCUGCGCAUUAAAGUGGACAAUCAUCAGAAGCUGAUGGUCUACCCGUACUACCGCCCCAAGCAGGACCCCGCCAACACCGGCUCCGACACCACGAAGAGGCGGGGCAAGCGGGAGCUGGAGCACGAGGUCAUUGGGUCGAAGGUGUAUUUGGAGAUUGAUAAUCGGCAGUGCGCCCAGAACUCUGAAGAGUGCUUCACCAGUACCAACCUGGCCGCCUCCUACAUCGCUGCGGAGUACCUCAAAGCUGACCUGCCUUAUCCGCUUUUUUCAGUUGACAGUAAUCCAAACCCUCCUACAAGAGUCCGGCCUCUUAUCUACCUGGUGGGCGUGGCAGUAGCCAUCAUACUGCUGAUCCUGGUCCUAGGAGUUUUGGCGGCUAAGCGUAAACGCAAGCACGGCGUCCUCUGGCUGCCCGAUGGCUUCCUGCCCAAGAAGGACAGCAAGCGGCGCGAGCCGGUCGGCCAGGAUGACUUCAGUUUGAAGAACUUACAAAAAACACCAGAUGUUGGGUUGAUGGAUGGCAGUGCUGGACAUCACUGGCCAGACGAGGAACAUCUGCACAAGAAGCCGAGGUUGGAGGAUAAGCCCUUGCUGCCGUUGGGAGUAGAUGCUGGGGUGGAUCGUCGGGAAUGGACUUUGCAGCACCGUAAAGCCGCUGACAUCACGCUCACCCCUCCUCAGGCGGACAUAGACAUGGACUGUCUGGACGUCAAUGUGAAAGGACCUGAUGGCUUCACCCCGCUCAUGCUGGCCUCCCUGCGCAAUGGUGGAAGUCUGGAGUGUGGCAGUGUUUUGGCCGAGGAGGAGGAGGAGAGUGGAGUGGACGAACCCGGAACCAACAUGAUCACUGACCUCAUCACGCAGGGCGCCACCCUCAACGCCCAGACCGACCGCACGGGGGAAACCGCCCUGCAUCUGGCUGCACGCUACGCCCGCGCCGACGCUGCUAAGAGGCUGCUGGACGCCGGGGCCGACCCCAACGCUCACGACAACAUGGGCCGCACGCCUCUGCACGCUGCUGUGGCCGCGGACGCACAGGGAGUCUUUCAGAUCCUGAUCCGUAACCGGGCCACCGAGCUGGACUCCCGGAUGAAUGAUGGCACCACUCCCCUCAUCCUGGCUGCCAGGCUGGCUGUAGAGGGCAUGGUGGAGGAGCUGGUGCACUGUCAUGCAGACGUUAACGCUGUGGACGACCACGGUAAGUCUGCUUUACACUGGGCUGCUGCCGUCAACAACGUGGAGGCCACACUCGUGUUGCUGAAGAACGGAGCCAAUCGAGACAUGCAGGACAACAAGGAGGAGACCCCUCUGUUCCUGGCUGCAAGAGAAGGCAGUUUUGAGGCAGCUCAGGUCCUUCUGGAUCACUACUCCAACCGAGACAUCACCGACCACCUGGACCGGCUACCGAGAGACACGGCCCAGGAGCGCAUGCACCACGACAUCGUCCGUCUGCUGGACCAGUACAACCUGGUGCACAGCCCGCAUUCUGGACCCAACCACAUGGGCAACGGCGGAGGAGGCCACCCAUCCAUGGUCUGUGGUAAUGGAAACGGGUACAUCGGCAUGCGCCCCGGUCCGCAAGGCAAGAAGAACCGGCGUGGCGGUGGCAAAAUGGGAGGGGCUAAUGGUGGCGGAGGCGGAGCAAAGGACCUCAAGGACAUGAAGGCCAAGCGAAGGAAGAAGCCAGCUGGAGGAGAGGCACCUGGAGUGACGGCUACUGGGAGCAACGUAGCAUCCACCACUGCGGCUGCUAGUGCUAAUGGUACUAAACCAGCAGGUGGUGCCGGUGGUCUUUCAGAGAGUUCUGUGACGAUGUCGCCGGUGGAUUCCUUGGAGUCUCCGCAUUCGUACACCGUGGAGGCUUCAGCAGGAUCCACUGCCGCCAAUUCACCUCCGCUGAUAACCAGCCCUUCAGUACGACCCUUGUUGCCCCCGGUUAGUCACAUGCUGGGGCAGCAACAGGGCUGGGUUGGCAUGGCAAAGCACGGCUACAGCGCUCACAUGUUUGGUCACAUGCUCCCGCACCAGAUGGCGCAGGGGCACGCCGGCUUGCAGCAGCACCAUGGCUCCAGCAUGCUCACGCCUAUGAACGUCACCAUGAGCCGAGAGCAGCUCCCACCCAUCGUCACUUUCCAGAUGAUGACGGCUGGUGGAGGCCAGGCAGGCAUCCUGAAGCCUGGUCAGCAGCAGGGGGCGCUGCAGGUGCAGGCUCCUGGGCAAAGCCAGGGCCAGAACCACGGCCAGCAGUCCGCACACAUGCACUGCAGCCAGGGGAUGAUGUACCCCAUGCCUGACGUGGCGAUACAGCACGGCAUGCAGCAUCCACUGCCUCAUCCACAUGGCCAGGCUCAUAGCCACGCCCACAGCCACACCCUCCCUCACACUCACAGCUUGGCAGAAGCCCAGGCGCGGCAGCAGGUGACGCCCUACCAGUCGCUACAAAGCCCUGUGGAUAAGUAUCCGACGCCGCCCUCCCAGCACAGCUACGCCACACACAGCUCCGACGGCACCCCCGGUCAUCCCGCUCAACCGGCCAAUGAGCACCCCUACCUCACCCCGUCCCCCGAAUCCCCAGACCCGUGGUCCUCUUCCUCCCCCCACUCCAACUCAGACUGGUCCGACGUCACCACCAGCCCCACUCCGCUCGGAAACCGCACACACUCUCGCACCGUCACCGCACACACAUUCCUGAACAAGCACCACUGCUGCAGCUUCCGGCGCCGCAGACGUCGCAGCAACAACAACAACACCAACAGCAGCAGCAACAGCAGCAACAGCUGCAGUCGCAACCACUGCAGCAACAGUCGCAGCAGCAGCAGCAGCCAGCGCAGUCCUGCAGCAGUGUGUACGCGUAGAACUGUUCUAAACACAGUCUGCCCUUCUCCACUCAGCCUUGUCUGGUGGAUCGAACCAAUGCCAAGUUGGUCCCAAGCCCCCGGGUCUGGGAGUACCCCUGCUCCGCAUGUCUGAGACACAGUAAGGUCUACAGCAAGCUCUGGUUUGUUCAGGAUCUGCUCCAGGACCAGCUUUUCUCUGCACUAUUCUAUACUAACUGCAAAAUAAUCCAAUCAUCUUAGAUCUAGCCAGUUUAUUAGAUUUAUACAGUACAGGCCAAAAGUUUGGACACACCUUUUUUUUACGUGUUUUUUAAUGACUAUUUACAUUGUAGAUUCUCACUGAAGGCAUCAAAACUAUGAAUGAACACAUGUGGAGUUUUACAACUAAACAACUAAAAAAGCAUGUUUUAUAUUCUAGUUUCUUCAAAAUAGCCACCCUUUGCUCUGAUUACUGCUUUGCACACUCUGCUUUGGCAUCAUUCUCUCAAUGAGCUUCUUCAAGAGGUGGCCACCUGAAAUGGAAAGUUUUCCAACAGGAAGGAAGGAGUUCCCAGAGGUGUUUAUUAGCACUUGUUGCUCCUUUGCCUUCUUCACUCUGUGCUCCAGCUCACCCCAAACUAUCUGGAUUGGGUUCAGGUCCGGUGACUGUGGAGGUUCAGCUCAUUUUUUUUGUUUAGUACAUAAAACUCCACAUGUGUUCAUUCAUAGUUUUGAUGCUUCAGUGAGAAUACGUUACAAUGUAAAUAGUUGGGAAAAUAAAGAAAACGCAAUGAAAAAGAGAAGGUGUGUCCAGACUUUUGGCCUGUACUGUAUUUAUUUCUUGUUACAAGAUCUCGUUAUCCUGUGUAUUAUGUAUUUAUAGCUCCUCUGAGACGCUCAUUAGUUCAAAAGCAGGAAUAGUGUACAUUAGAGCUGCAUGAUGUAUCAUAAUUUCAGAAUUUCAGUCAUUACAGUAGGCAGAACAUGCAAUAAUAGUUGCAUUAAAUUCCAUUAAAUAUUGUAUAUACCACUGAUAUAUUAUGUCUGCCCACUAUUGUUUAUUUUACUUCAAUAUUCAACACAGGAUAUUGUACAAAUUUUGGAUUGCUGACUUCUGGAGAAAUCUGACUUCCUGUUUUUUUUUUUUUUACAUUGAUCAAAAUAUCAAAUAUGUUAGAUAUAUAUUCAAGAUAUCCUUUACUUGCAGUGCAAGAAGGAUGCCAGAUAUAUCAAUCAGUAUUGGAGCAGAACAUAAGCAGAUAUGCAAAACAGGGGUGCUCCAGGACCUGGCUUGAGAACCACUGACCUAUGCAGACCUAUGUCAUAUAUUUGGGUCAUAUGGAGCUAAAUAUAUAAAGUAAGCAGUAAUGGAUUCUCUUUUUGUGUUUUAUUAUCUCUCACUGUCUUCACACUAUGCAUUUGUUUUUUUUUGUUUUUUUAAUGCAACCUGCGAUGCAACCAUCCAAAUCCAAAACCUGAAAUAUUUCACCCUCUAGUUCCCUCACAAUCAUCACCUACCUGCAGAUCUGCAGUGACCCCGAGAAUUCUGCUUUCUCGUGAGAAACCUAGCUCUGUAGACGAUUAGCAAUUAGUCUGAACCAAUCACUUGUCUGUCUGGCAGCUCGUUAGGCUGCGUUACUCGGCUGCAUCACCUGUGGACAUUCGACAAAAGACAGGACAAGACAAAAGAGAGAGGUGAUAUACAAGAGGCUGGACUCGUGCGAGAGCAUCUGAGAAAGAGAGAGAGAGAGAGAGAGAGAGAGAGAGAGAGAGAGAGAGAGAUGCGUUUUUUUUUUUUUU